UAAGGGGUUCUUAUAAUGUUAUUAUUUAUAGUUAGGGACACACGACAGUAUGGUGUUGUGGGAAGAGUGCUGAGCUUGGUGUCGGGCAGACCGGGCAUCCAAAUUCCAGCUCUGACAUCCAGCUAUGUGACCACGGGCAAAGGCACUUACUUCUCUCUGAUUUCCUCAUCUCUAAAAACAUUUUUCAGCGCCCACCUGGAAGAAUCGGUAUCAGGCACAGAUAGAUACGACCUAAGUCUGGAUGAAAUGAGGGAUUUGACAUUUCAGAGAGUGAAAUUUACCAUGGGCUUACCUCAGUUAAAACGUGCAAUUCAGGAACAGGCAGAGAAGAAGAAGAAUUUUGUCAGGAAAAGUCUUGUCAUUGGAGAAGUCCUUUCCAUAGCAGACAUGGCGACAGGAGUAAAGUGUGGCAUAAUUUACUGGUUAUUUGGUGGGGCUGUCAGGAAUCUUGGGAGCCCAGGACAUGUUGCUAAGUGGUUCCAGCCACUCCAGGAGCAGAAAUUCACAGGGAUGUUUGCGAUGACAGAACGGGGUCACGGCAGCAAUGUGAGGGGCAUACAGACAGAAGCGACUUUUGAUCUCACUGCUCAGGAAUUUAUCAUUGACACCCCUUGUGAAAAUGCUGAAAAGAUGUAUAUUGGGAAUGCAAUGGAAGGUCAUUAUGCUGCUGUCUUUGCCCAACUCAUCAUAAAUGGAAGAUCUCAAGGUCCCCACUGCUUUAUUGUUCCCGUGAGAGAUGAAAAUGGAAGUUUGUAUCCUGGAGUGACAGCGAUUGAUAUGUUACACAAAGAAGGUUUACAUGGUGUGGAUAAUGGGAUUUUAAUAUUUGACAAGGUUCGAAUUCCAAGGGAGAACCUACUGGAUAAGUUUGGUUCUGUGGCACCAGAUGGACAAUAUUAUUCACCCAUUAAGAACAAGAGUGAAAGAUUUAAUGUAAUGUUGGCGGCUCUGACACCCUCCCGCUUAGGUGUGACUUUCCAAGCCAUGGGAGCCAUGAAGCUUGGUCUGACAAUAGCCAUUCGCUAUAGCCACAGCCGGAGGCAGUUUGGGCCCAAGGCCAAGGAAGAAGUCAAGAUCAUUGAACACCAAACGCAGUACCUCCGAUUGAUGCCUCAUUUGGCAACGGCAUUAGCACUGACUUUUACCAGCAGAUAUGCUGGGGAUUUAUUGGAUGAAGAUAUCUUUCAUGAGAAGGAUCUUGUCAACAGCCGAUCUUUGCAGGCUCUAGUGGCAGGUCUAAAAGCAUACAGUACCUGGGAAAACAUAACUUGUUUACAAGAUUGUCGGGAGUGCACUGGAGGCAUGGGCUACAUGAUGGAAAAUCGGAUCUCAGGCUUAAAAUGUGACUCAGACGUGUUUGUGACCUUUGAAGGCGACAAUGUGGUUAUGCUCCAGGUGGUGGUACGGGAACUCCUUGCUCAGUAUACCAAACAGUAUGAAGAAAGACCACUUUUUGGCCUCCUUCGGAACUGGACAGAGUCUGUGAGUGACAACUUGAGAACCAGUUUUUUGGCAUUUAACAUGGAUGCUAUUGGUAAUCUGACCUUCCUAUUGAAAGCAGUGAGUUUUCGAGAAAGAGUUCUUCAGAGGGGAUUGGCGGCCAGAAUCUAUUAUAAGGUAAUGACCAAGAAGGAGGACAUUUUCAGUGCCUGGAAUUCAUGUCUUCAUCAUGUUGCUUCCUUGUCCUUGGCGCACAUACACAGAGCUGCUCAAAGACGUAAAGGGUCUGAGGAGAGAUGGUUGCAGCUCCUAAAGAGGCAGAGGGCCAAAAGGGAGAAAGGGAACACUGAUGGAGAUUGUCAAAGCUUGAAGUUCCUCUCCUUUAACAGCAUUUUUAAGUAGAAGAGAGAGGAGGGAACAAGAUCAUAAAGCCAAGAGAUGGGAAGAAUUCAGUUUGAAUAUUAAACUGCUUUUUACUCCCUGUUCCCCCUCACUAAAGGGGGUUUAAAAAAAAAGGAGUUUCUAGGAAAGAUUGUAGAGUAGUAGAAAGAGCCUCAUUUUGUACUCAAGGGCCCUUACCUCUCUGAGUUUGUUUCUUCAUCUGAAAAUACAAAGUAAGUGGUAUUUAGGGAUUUUUACCUUGGGGUCCAUGAACUUGCUUUAAAAAUAUUUUGCUUAACCAUGUUUUAAUAUAGUUGAAUUCUUUUGGAAUGCUAUGUAUUUUAUUUUAUACAUUUAAAAAGAUUAUUCUGAGAAGCAGUCAAUAGGUUUUAUAAGACUGCUAAAUUGGUCCAUGGCAGGAAAAAAAAGGGUUAAGAAUCCUGGUCUUUAAUAAAUAUUUAGUUAUAAAUGAUCCUGGCCAAUCCCUCUGGACAGGUCAUGGUUCCCCCAGAUUUCCUGUGUCUCUUAUCAAAUUAUAAGCUUGAAAAUUAAUCCUUGGAUGGGCAGAAGUUAUCAGUAUUAGACAUUCUAAUUAUAAAUAUGUAUUAUUUUAAUAAUGACACCCCAACUUCUUUAUUUCUUUGUUAGGGACCAAGAUAGGAGGUUUCUGUUUUCUAAGGAAUAAAUCUCACAAGUGUGAACUGAAAAAUAUAAGGGAAAAUUUGUAUAAGAGGCAGCAUAAUAAAGGGGAAUGAAUAUUGGACUUUGAAUCAGGAGGACCUAAUUCCUAACACUAGCAUAAUUUAGGUGAUAAUGAUAUUGCAACUCAGUAUCAAUUCUUGGUAAAUUGUCAUUUCAAAUACUGCAUAAUGACCAGUAAUGAUGAGUGCUUUUGUAAUACUUUGAAGGGGUUCAUGAAA